AUGGCCGGCUCAAUCAACAAACCCAAGAAGCCCAAGUCCAAGCGAACUCCCGUUCGUCUUCGCCACAAGAUCCAAAAGGCGUCCGUCGCAAAGCAAAAGAAGGAGCGCAAGCUCGCAAAGAAGAACCCGGAAUGGCGAACAAAGCUAAAGAAGGACCCUGGUAUCCCCAACCUGUUCCCUUACAAGGAGAAGUUGCUCCAGGAGAUUGAGGAGAACCGCAUUAAGAAGGCCGAGAUGGCGCAAAAACGAAAGGAAUUGGCCAAGGCCGCAAAGACGGGCACCAAGGACGAGAACGCCAUGGCCGAUGUCGAGGUUGACUCCGCCGACGAGAUGGACGAUGACGAGAUGGAUGACGAUAUCGACGAGUCAAACCCCAUGGCUGCUCUUAUUGCCAGCGCUCGCGCUGCCGCCGCCACCUAUGACCGACAGCUCGCAGAGGACGACGACAUGGAUGAGGACGACAGUGACGAUUCCGACAACGACCGUGGCCCUGAGAUGUCAAUUGGCCAAGCCUCUUCAAGAAAGACUUACGACAGAGUCUUCAAGCAAGUUGUCGAGGAAGCCGAUGUUGUCCUUUACGUCCUUGAUGCACGCGACCCUGAGGGCACCCGUUCUCGCGAGGUGGAGCGUCAGGUCAUGGCUGCCGCAGCUGGUGGCAAGCGACUUAUCCUGGUUAUCAACAAGGUCGAUCUGAUCCCUCCCAAGGUUCUCCGAGACUGGCUCAUCUACCUUCGCCGUUACUUCCCUACUCUGCCUCUCCGAGCUUCUGGCGCCGCUCCCAAUGCACACACUUUCAACCACCGCGACCUGACUGUUCAGAGCACCUCUGCUACGCUCUUCAAGGCUCUCAAGAGCUUUGCUGCUAGCCGACAAUUGAAGCGUGCUGUUUCCGUCGGUGUUAUUGGUUAUCCCAAUGUUGGUAAGAGCUCCGUUAUCAACGCGCUCCUGUCCAGGAUGAGUGGAAAGGGUGGCAGCUCUUCAAAGGCCUGCCCUGCUGGUGCUGAGGCAGGUGUUACCACGAGCAUCCGAUCAGUCAAGAUUGACAGCAAGCUUACUCUUCUCGACUCCCCUGGUGUCGUCUUCCCCUCGUCUUCCUCAACACAGUCCGCCGGUCUUGUCUCUCUUAAGAACGCUACUGAGGCACAUGCCCACCUGGUUCUCCUUAACGCUGUUCCUCCCAAGCAGAUUGACGACCCCAUUCCUGCUGUCACCCUUCUGUUGAAGCGUCUAUCCGCUUCUCCUGAUCUCAUGGAGAAGCUUACAAACGUCUACGACAUUCCUGCUCUUCUCCCUAACCGCGCUGACGGCGAUUUUACGACCGAUUUCCUUGUCCAGGUCGCCCGCAAGCGAGGUCGUCUUGGUCGCGGUGGCAUUCCCAACCUUCCUGCCGCCGCCAUGACAGUCGUCACCGACUGGCGAGACGGCCGCAUCCAGGGAUGGGUUGAGCCUCCUGUCCUUGCUGUUGAAUCUACAGCCACCGCUGCCAAGCCCGCCAUCAAGAACGCUGGCGAGGAUGAGGUCGCUGCUGACCAGAAGCAGAUCGUCACCGAGUGGGCUGCCGAAUUCAAGUUGGAGGGUCUCUGGGGCGACGACAGCGCUGACGUCGAGGAUGCUAUGGAGCAGUAA